AUGGGAAACGCACAGACACAGGCGUCGCAGCAGCAGCAGCACCCGGGGCCGCUCGAGCCGAAGGCCCCCGCGGCGAUACGGCCCACGAAAACGCCGACCCUCGCCAAAGGACGCAGCUUCAUCAAGUUUGGCAAACGGAAGCAACUGCUUGUGGAGCAUGAGGCGGCGCCGGUGGCUACGGCGACACCCGGUCCUGCUGAGGAUGGCAUCAAAUCUGACCUUGGCACCACUUCCGUCGGUGGCGACGAGGACGGCUUUUCCAACAUACUCGUCGGCGGGAUGUUGCACUCGGGCAGUGAGCUUUCAAAAUCAGCUGAUUCAACCGAGCGCCAGCGCACCGCACCGCCACCGAACGUAAUCUACUUGCGCGAGCGUACCGCGUCGUCCAGCUCCGAUUCGAUCUUCACCGACGCGGCAUCACCGCCGGGAGGAGGAGGAGCCGUUGCCGGCGGGUUCACGACCGAGAUCAACGAGGCGUACUACUCCGAGGAGAACAUCUGUGAUCUUCCCGAGGGGACGGAAAAGCCCCGCACCGUUCGGCUGACGAUCUACCGGAAUGAUCCGUUCACCGUCGACGGGGGCUACCGGAACGUGGACAGCGUGAGAGCCAAGCUCCGGUGCGAGAAUGUAUCCAGCAUCGAUCUGCCGCCGGGUGAUUCUCAGCGGACACCACCACAGCAGCACAACCUUCAAAUCGAGCACAACGUAAGCAGUGUCUGUAUCGUGCCGGAGGACGUGGAUGAGUCCCCGGAAGACGAGAUGGCCGACCGUAAACGGAUCCCGCUGUCCCAUCGGCGGACGGGAAGCAAUGUUGUGGUCGACACGAACGGCACGGCCGCGAAGGGGACACGCGACACGCGUGGCACGGAAAAUGGGAAACCGUCGAGGCUGCUCACGAAAUCGAGCCUGUACGCCGGCACCAAGCUGCCCGUGUUGACCGAUCGCAAGCUGGCGGCGGCGGCCAGCAGCCAGCACGCUACGGCCGCGGCCACGACGGUCAGCAGCAGAGUGCUGCGCCCGUCCUACGUGCCCGAGAAGCUAAACUUUUUUUCGUACGAAAAGUUCGAAGGGCACAUGCUUAUCAACUGGCUCUCGUCAUCGCUCAGCUCGGGCAUCACCGGCAUCAAUGAGCAGGAUCUGCAAGCGCUGCUGUUCCAGUACUGCACAAAUCUGCUCGUAGCCGGAGUAAUGAAACAGAUCCCGGACAAGCAUGCACCUCCGCAGGACACAUUUCGGACGAAUCUCAUGUACCAAUGGACCCACACGGAACCACCGACACCGGCCCCGGUAACGCCCGGUCGUCUUGAGCCGCACAUCGUGUGGCCCCACGCAUCGACCCCGAAACCCGUCUCGCAUCAGUCAACCAGCACCACCACCACCGGCGCGGUUGAGUCCGGCAUGGAAACGGAUCAACCGGCCGCCGAUCCGGCCCACGGUCCGACCGAUUUCGCUGGCCUGCGUAGUCGCAUCUCCGGCUGCAAAACGAUCGGCCAGCUGCAAAAGAUUGUGCACGAACUGCUGAGUGAUCCGGUCUUCAGGCCAACCGAUCGCCCGGCCACGGUGCCUCCGGAUGUGCUCAACGAAACGGACUGCACCAUCUUCGAAGCGUUCGCGAGUGGAUUGCUGAACGAAACGGAUUGUACGCUGUUCGAGGCACCCGGGGCUGGCCGGGCCCACGACGCUCCGCCGGAUGCGAAGGUGCCGAGAAACGAUGGAGCGAGUUGCGUCCAGCAGCACGUAUCCUGCGCGGACCCGCCGCCACCACACACCACGAUCGACGCGUCGAUCGGUGCCAGUGAUACUCACAACCAAACAUUCCCUGCCAACGACAGUAUUAACGACAGAGACGGGUCCGGUGUGCCCCGCGGCUCCCGGCCCGACCCGAUGGUGUGCUCGAGCUGCGCCAAACUCCUCCGCUCAAUCGAGGAACGCAUUCCGACCGGGGACAUCACUGCCGCUGCCGCUCCGAUCGACCGGUUCGUGACACGAGAAACGCAAACCGAGUCAAAGAGUGACGAUGGCCUCGCACAAGGUCCGACACCGCCACCAAUGCCGUCGACGGGUGGCCCGCCACCACCACCACCGCCACCGCCCCUACCGAUGGGUGGGUCGAUUCCCGUGCCGGGGCCACCGCCACCGCCGCCACCGACCGGGGGCGGCGGCCCAGCCUCGCUCGGACCAGGUAAAUUAGCGUCAAGUGCCCCUACCGCGAUCCCCAGUGGCCCUCCACCACUGCCACUACCCAUACCAGUGCCCGGAGGAUGGUAUGCGGCCAAUAUCUUACGCAAACAACCGGUCAAUCCGCCGAAACCGAUGAAGCCGCUCUACUGGACGCGCAUUCUGGCACCGAAAGGGGCCGGGUCGAGAAAGCCACCGACACCACCGCCGCCGGCAGCAAAUCCUGCGAUCAGCCCGGAAACCACGGACGAAGCCGACGGUUCGGCAUCCGGUGCUUCGGGUGAUGAAGUGACAGCGCCGGAAUCGAAAGCGCCGGAGGAACCUUCGCCGAAACCGGCGAAACCGGAAAAACGUGAAGGCCUGUGGCAGGUGCUGGAGGAAACCAGUCUCGAUAAUCUGGACGAGUUUACGGAGCUGUUCUCGCGCCAGGUGAUAGUGCCGAAGCUGCGCGAGAAAGUCGAGAAGCCGGAGAAAACGGUCAACAUUCUGGACAGCAAACGGUCGCAGAACGUGGGCAUCUUUGCGAAGAGCCUGCACGUCGAGUGGGACGAGAUCGAGUGCGCCAUCUACCACUGCGACACGUCGGUGGUCAGCCUGGAGGCGAUGCAGAAGAUCCUCGAGAUCAAGGCGAGCGACGAGGAGCUGAUGCAGAUCCGCGAGUACGCCGAGAGCAGCCUGGCGAACAACAACAACGCGAUCCCGCUCGACCAACCGGAACAGUUCCUGCUGCGCAUCUCCGGCAUAUCGUUCUUCUCGGAACGCAUCUCGUGCAUCGUGUUCCAGGCGGAGUUCGAGGAGCACUACAAGUGCGUAUCGCGCAAGUUGAAAACGGUCAAGCAGACGUGCGAGUUUCUGCUCGAGAGCGCCGAGCUGCGGCACCUCUUUUCGAUCAUCCUGACGCUCGGUAACUUUAUGAACGGGGGCAACCGGACGCGCGGCCAAGCGGACGGGUUCGGGCUGGAGAUCUUGAGCAAGCUGAAGGACGUAAAGUCGGCCGACACCAACACCACGCUGCUGCACUUCAUCAUCCGGACGUACAUUGGCCAGUGCCGCAAGAGUGGCACCAUACUGCAGGACAUCAAGCUGCCCAUCCCGGAUCCGGGCGAUCUGGACAAGGCGGCACUGGUCGAUUACGACGACUGCCGGUCGCAGCUCACGAUGCUACGUUCCAAAACGGAAGAGUGCCGCCGGACGGCCGACCGGGUGAUACAGGAAUCGACCGAGGACCAUCUGCACCCGUUCAAGGAGAUCAUGGAGGAGUUUAUCGAAAAGGCGACGGCGCGUAUUGAGAAGCAGUUCUGCAAGCUGGACGAGUGCCGCGAGUGCUUCGUGCGGACGAUGCGCUUCUACCACUUUACGCCCAAGACGGGCACGCUGGAGGAGAGCAAACCGGAAACGUUCUUCGAGCUGUGGGUACCGUUCGCACAAGACUUUCGCACCAUCUACAAAAAGGAAAUGCAACACCUUCUAAACGAACUACUGAAAAAGACUAAACGGCCUUCGAGCACGGCUUCCUCGGCGGCGACGAAGCAGGUGAGCGGGAAGGCAAAGGCCGGCUCGCUGAAGGAACGGAUGAAACGACUUAUGCAAAACUAAACUGUAAAACACCAACCCACACACUGCAUCGACCGGUAUCGGCCGAUGCCCGCUGGGCGACCGGAUAUUCGAUCGAUCGAAAGCGGCUUUAUUUAUUGAUCGUAUAUCGCUUCGUAUUCGUAAGACA